CUUCCCUGCUUCAAUUUUCUCGCCUUUUCUCGGCUUGAUCUUAAAAUUCACAAAGGUGAAGAGACUCUGUUGUGUACUUUUUAUCUUUUUCUUGUUUCUGCAUUACCUUUCCGAUGCAUCCACUCUUAUUGCUUCUUUACUUCCUUGCUAGCUGGAACUCGAACUCGAAAUGUUUCAGUGUCCUAUAGAACUCUGGAUCUUUGUGCUAAAGCAUUGGAUUGUUAAAUCGUCAUUUUCCUCUGUCUGGUAUCUGAAUUCUGUGUCAUGUCUUCGUCCAGGAAAUUCCUACUAGAAAUGGCUUGUUUGCGCAGUGUCUGGAGGAGGACAAAUCUUUUGCCUAGACAGUUCUGGAUGCUCGAACGCCCAGUUCUUCGUGCUAACAAAGAUGAUACCGGAACUGAUUGUCUGAACUCAAGUCCUUUGACUCGUGGAGUGCAUAGUCAAGCUCGUAGGCUUGAUUUUUUGUUGGAAAGGAAGAAACACACAUCUUUUGCCCGGCCAUUGGGACCUGGCUUCUUUCUCUGUAGGCACAUGUCUUCGAAACCAGGAGAAUGUUCGAACAAGAUCGAUUGCAAUCCCGCAGUUGUUGAGGAACUUGUCCCAGAAGAAUCUUUGGAAGCAGUAGUCACUCAAGUCAUCUCAGUUAACGAGGCGGCAUUAGCGGCUGCAGAUUCUUCUCUUCCAGUUGCUGCCAUCCAGCACUUUAUUGACAGUGUUCAUGCGUUUACAGGCUUCAAUUGGUUCGCAUCCAUAGUUCUCUCGACGUUUCUCGUCAGAGGACUAUAUAUCCCAACCCGUAUAAAAGUUUUGAAGACGGUUCCACAUUUAGUUGAUAUAUACCAACAUUUGGGGAAAUCGUUCAAGGUUUGUUAUUCUUCUGAUAGACCUUUCCGGAUUUACAGAAGAAGGAACAAGCGGGGACACGUCGAAAGGCAUACAAGUGGGCAGCAAGAGGAUCAUCAGAAGGAAGAACACAAAAACUCAGAAGGAAGAGGAGCGAAAUGAAGUACGAGGGCAGCUGAGAGUUGUUAUGAUUCUAUUUCUAUCCAUAUUCAGGUUUUAUGCCACCUCAUCAGUAGGUUGUUAAGAGAAUCCUAUAUAGCUACGUUAGGGUUAGGGGAUUUGGGGUUAUCGAUUAUUUUGAGAAUAGAUUUGGUUUUGGAGAGUUGAGCCUCUCGAAUAGCUCUGGACAUUGUAUUUCAGUGGAUGGAAAUACAAUUCUGAAUCUUAUUUGAUUUCA